UUUCCAAGAAGAUAUGGUGGGGAAGGGCGACAGUGGAGUCAAAGCCAAGUUGCCGUCCUCCUUCUUCUUCUUCUGCUGCUUCUGCUUCUUCUUCUGUUGAAGGUGGUGAAGACAGAGAAGAAUGCUGCAAGAGCAGGGAAACAGCUCUCUUCCUUCGAGCAGCGAGAGGUCUUCCAGCUCCGCCCCCCAGAUGGAAGGCAAAGAGGGAAUGGAGAGUGACGAGGAGAUCAGGAGAGUGCCGGAUUUUGGAUUCGAUUUGGCCGGCCCGUCGACCUCCGGUAGAGAGGCUGCUUUGGCAGCUGGUCCGGAGCGAGCCCAGUCCACCGCUCAGUCUGGCCGGAAGCGGAGAGGGAGGAGCCCUGCCGACAAGGAGCACAAGCGGCUGAAGAGGUUGCUAAGGAACAGAGUCUCAGCUCAGCAAGCAAGGGAGAGGAAGAAGGCCUACCUGAAUGAUUUGGAGGUCAAGGUGAAGGAUUUAGAGGCCAGGAAUUCGGAACUAGAAGAGAGGAUGUCUACAUUGCAAAAUGAAAACAACAUGCUAAGACAAAUACUGAAAAAUACUACAGUUGGUAGGAGAGGCUCUGGAAGUAGCGUCUCUGGCGAAGGCAUGUAGAAUGUAGUAGGACCUCUCCCUCGCAAAGGACAUUAAUGAUUGAGAAACUUGCCCAGAUUGGAUUAUCCUUGUAUUUCUGUUUACUGAUUAGGUAUGUCUUCUCGAUGAUCCUUCUUCUUCCGAGUAGUGGUUCAUCUUGUGUUUUUGUAAGCUGAAAAACUGUUUUUGUGAUCGAGAUAUAGUUGCAUCAAAAAAAAGUUUGAAACA